GAAUAAGUAAAACAGACUCCAGAGCAGUAGUUUAUGUGCCGUAUUUCCCAUCGCUUAUCACGUUUUAUGAAACUUGCAGCCGCUUCCUGGUCUCCGCAGCGGUUCUGUGAAGGUCCAACAUGGCUUUGAGUGUUUUAUAUCACAGUCUGGGCUGCCGGCUGAUCCACAGCAAAGUCCUACAGAACCGAGCCGUCAGACUCACACACACCGUUUUACAGAGAGAAACCGGACUGAAACACACGUUGUCCCCGCAGAGGCUCCACUGCUACCUGGCGAAUGUGAACCAGCAACACACCUGCAGAACAACACAAUGGCUCAGUCAGAACUGCUCAAGAACAUUUUCCUCAUUGCCUCCACAGCCCCCAUCAGGCAAUAAAACCAAGAAAUCUGGGCCUGUGACAUGGAAAUCGUUAGCAAUAACAUUUGCGAUUGGAGGCACUCUGCUGGGAGCGAUGAAAUAUUUCAAAAAAGAAAAGGAAGAGCUGAUUCAAAAAGAGAGAACCAAAUCAGUAGGAAAAGCGGCGCUGGGCGGUCCGUUCUCUCUAAUUGAUCACAACAAUAAGCCUUCAAAGAGUGAAGACUUCUUUGGUCAGUGGAUCCUCAUCUACUUUGGGUUCACUCACUGCCCUGACAUCUGCCCAGAUGAGAUAGAGAAAAUGAUUGAGGUGGUGGAGGAAAUAGACAAAAUAAAGACUCUUCCUGACUUGACACCGAUCCUCAUCACCAUUGAUCCUGACAGGGACACAGUAGAGGCCAUGGCUGCAUACGUGAAAGAGUUUUCCCCAAAACUGAUUGGUCUGACGGGGACGACGGCUCAGGUUGAGGAAGUCUCCAGAGCCUACAGAGUUUACUACAGUCAGGGGCCCAAAGAUGAAGACAACGACUACAUUGUUGAUCACACAAUCAUCAUGUACCUCGUGGAUCCCGAUGGAGAGUUUGUGGACUAUUUUGGACAAAACAAAAGAAAUACAGAGAUCGCCGCUGCAGUAGCAGGACACAUGAGAAGAUACAGGAAGGGAGCCCAAUAAAGCCCACCGUGGACUGAUGGAUUCUGCCCUCAGGUGUUUCUGUUCACCACUCAUGUCUUAUAUUGGCCUUUAUUUAUUUUGGUUACACUGUUAUAUAAACAUUUACUGUAUGUCUGCAUCGACA